AGACUACAUACCGUGGAAGAAUUAAAAACCUGGUUUCAACAUAAAAAUUUACAAAGGAAAAUUUUUAAACAAAACGAAAUUCCCCUAAAAGUAGGUAAUAAAACAUAAAAACUUUGGCGUAUAAAAUUUUAGAGAAGUAGAGAAAAAAAAAGAAGAAUUAAAAGUAAAAGAAAUACAAUAAAAAUUAUAACAACAAAUACUUUGCUAGUAAAGUUGAAGGGAAAAGGAAACUCAUCAAAAAGUGAAAAAUAAAAGAAAAAAAACUGUAAUAAAGAAAACAAAGAGAAAAAAGUGAAAAAAAAAUAUUUCAAGUGAAUAAAAAUUAAAAUAAACACACAAAGGUGAAGUGAAGUGAAACGAACCAAACGACAAACAUACAAGUGAACUUAUAUAGAGACAGAAUACAUCUAUAGACACAAACAUAUUAAAAGUGUAUUGAGCUGUAUUUAAAUUUAUACGUCAAAAACAAACAAAUACACUUACACUACAAACACAUACUAGCGCGUGUCAAUAUUCAAUAUUCUCUUUCACUGUGUAUUAUACUUCUAUAAACUAGAGUGCAACAUCCAAACAGGAGGCUGGAGUAUUAGUAUGUAUGUAAAUGUGAGUUUGUUAUAAAUAAAUUUGCGUUGCCAAUAUCAUAAAGAAUAAACAAAAACAAGAGCAGCAACAACAACAACAACAAAGUAAUGUAAAAAAAUAUAUACCAGAGAUAUAAUACUCUAUAAAAAUACCUGAUAGACAACAGUAUUUGUAUGUGUUUGUGCGUUUAUAUACAUAAAUAUUUACAUACACAUUUAUGUGAAUGUAUAAUAGAGAAUUUUUAAAAAUAACAACAAAUACACCAUCAUAGCAGUAUUGUGAAAAUAUUCAAUAUUGUUUUUAAACAACAACAACAAGAACAAAAAAGUGUGAAUUUUAACACUUAACAAAUAUUUUCAUGUAGCAAAUUUUUGGCUAAAAGCAUUUUAUGGAAAUUUUAUUGCAAAUAAUAAUUGUAUAAAAAUAUUCAACAGAUUUCUCUAUAAAUACAAAAAAAGGAACAAAACUCAUCAUUUAACUACUAAAAGAGAAGAAAACUACGCACAAUAAACCACAAACCUACCACAUCGUAUCAAUUUCCCAUCAAAAAAAAAAAAAAAAAAAAAAGAAGAACAAAAACAUCCAUAAGAGAAAAACAGAAAAAUAUUUGCAAAACACUUUUCCGAAAAGAACUGGAAACAGUUUAACACAUAUAUUGCAACAACCAGAAAACCCAACCAAAUAACAACCACACAACAACAGCAGCAGCACAAUGCGUCGUUCAUCAUUUACACCAGUUUUCAAUAUCAGCACACAAGAGCCACUUAUUGUGGUUGAAGAAUCUCAAACAACAGAUGAUAGUGACGAUGUACAGGGAGCGGUUGGCGGUGUCGGCAGCGGUGGUGCCGAGGGUGGUUAUGCACGAACAAACAGUGAUGACUCAGAUCCAGAAUCACCAAAAAAUCCAUAUCUUCUGUGUCCACUACCAGAUAUGCAACAACGUCGCAAACAUUCAUUGCCAUCAUUGCAAAUAACGGAGGGUAUAACGGCCAGUCAAGUGCGUCGCUUAUCCGAAGUGGGCGGUGAAACGGGAGGCUUGAGUCCACAUGAAGUGGAAUUCUUGGCCACACUAUCACAGAAAACCAAUCCAGGUGGUGGUGGCCGAAGGCAUUCAGUGGUAACAAUAUCGGCAGUACCACCCACACUAUUUGGUCGUAAUCGUCGUGAAUCUAUAUCGGGGGCAAUGUAUAGUGGCAGUCGUCGUGGUAGUGGCAUACAAGGACCACCACUAACUGAGCAUCGAGGUAGCAUACAUAAUUUACAACUGGACAUAAUGGAUGGCAUUGCACAAGCUCGUAAAACACGUUCUGGCAGUGGCGUUUGGCAGGCACCCAUACUGAAAGAAACCGAAAGCAAUGUACCCGUUCAAACAUAAAUUACUUUUAUGUAACAUGGAUUUUUUGUAAUUUUUGUUGGAUUUUUUUUUUUGUUCGUUUAUUUGUAUAGUUAAAUAUACUACUUUCGAUUUUAUUUUA